AUGGACGCUAGAGUUCAAUGGUGCCUCCGCGAUAAGACUCGGUCAGAUGACGCAUCACGUGAUGGGAUUCCCCGCGGGUUUAGACCGGUUAAGUUACGCGCGCAGCCCGCGGGGCCCGCUUUGGGAGGGGUGGGGAAGUUAAUACCAGGUACGUAUGUGUGCUCCCCAGAUCUCAUCUCAUCUCCCUCAUCUUCAAGUGCCCAACGAACUAUGCUCACCUUCCCCUCUCAGAUUCCCGUGGCACGAGAAAACCAUGUUCCGGUAAUAGUCGGUCAUAGUUCUCCCCACCUCACUUGUGGAUCCCGCCGUGCCAAGAACCCCGCUGAGCGAGGCGGUGUUGUCUCUAAACGACCAACUCUCGGCAGUUCAGCCUCUUUUCUUCCCAUCAAGACGAGUUCCGUUCGGACCCAUGCCCAAUCAGCUGGCUUCCCUUGGUCCUCGGCUAAAAUUCGUGGAAAAGAUGGCUGA